UCGUUAUUUAAACACCGCUCAUCGAACAUUUAUCAUAGAGUACUGUUGAAAGACAAAAGAAUCAUUUGCAUUAUAUUGAGUUUUUUGAGAUACUUUACACAGUAAAAAUGUACUUGAAGUUAAAUUGUUUGCUAUAUUUAGUAUGCUUUAUCCAAUUAUCAACAUCUGGUCCUAAGCGUUCAAGGAUAGUAAAACCUGACGGAGAACUGCUCAAUGUAAAUGUAGAAUUAACAGAUGAUAUAAGUGAUCUGGAUUUAGAAGCUGUGUAUCAAGAUAUAACACAACAUCAGGAUAUCUUAAUUACCCAACCGUUAUUGAAGGCUUAUUUAUUAAGCAUUGACAAAAUGUAUUUAGAACACAGAGCUGAUAUAAUGGUACUGUUUUACGGAGCUAACGGUACAAUGACUUUAGACCAAUUCAAAGCCGGGAUUCGUGCUACUGCUGAUCUCCAACCAAUCAUUUUUAGCUACGCUGCAUACAAUAAUAAAGCUUAUAAAGAAAAUGACAGUUUAAAUAAAAGAACUUUUUAAAAACGAUAAAACAAAAAACAAAUUAAAAUAUAAUAGGUUUAUCAUGUAUAAUUGUGGUAGCUAACAUAAACUCAA